GCUCCCUUCUCGCUCUUUUUCCGGGCAUCUUUGAUGUACAAGUGAACACAUUUCACUUUGAACGUAAAUUAUUUUCGCUAUGGUUUUCGGAUCAAAGGUGAUUAAGGCCGGCGGAGCCGAGCCAGACGCAUUCGAGAGUCAAAUUGGCCAGGCUAUCCUGGAGCUGGAGAUGAACUCGGACCUGAAGCCGCAGUUACGUGACCUGCACAUCACUCGGGCUCGUGAGGUUGAAUUCAACAGCAAGAAGGCUAUCGUUAUCUACGUUCCGGUGCCGAAACAGAAGGCCUUCCAGAAGGUGCAAACUCGGCUCGUUCGGGAACUGGAGAAGAAAUUCUCCGGCAAACAUGUAGUGUUCAUCGGUGAGCGUAGGAUCCUGCCGAAACCGCAGCGCGGCCGUCGUGAUCCCAACAAGCAGAAGCGUCCGCGUUCGCGCACCCUGACCGCUGUGUACGAUGCCAUCCUCGAGGAUCUGGUUUUCCCGGCCGAGGUCGUCGGAAAGCGCAUUCGCGUUAAGCUGGAUGGAUCGCAGCUGAUCAAGGUGCAUCUGGACAAGAACCAGCAGACCACCAUCGAACACAAAGUCGAUACGUUCACAUCGGUGUACAAGAAGCUGACCGGACGUGAUGUAACGUUCGAAUUCCCAGAACCUUACUUGUAAACGGCGAUUAUUUCUACUUUAUUUAAGAGUAUGCACUAAAAAACAGUCCGUUGUGAUGCGAUGGAGAGAAGGAAAGACGGGAAAUGCGUGUGUAAUAACAUGCAUUGCUUGUGGUUAAUAAAACGAAACGUAAAAAAGCCAGAAAGUGAAAUUUGAUGUGUAAUAU